GAUACUGGCUGGAUUACGAGAUCCACCUGGUGGAGAAGAGUCUGAAGGAAAAGGUGGAUUUGCCUUUUUUGAAGACUUUUGUCAAGAACUUCAGCACCAACAUCUCAGAAGACCUUCACUUCUCUCUGACCCCCUCACAGAUUCCGAUGCAGAUGAUGGGGCACGAACACAAGCCGCCGGACAGAGUUCGGCUGCCCAGGAGCCUGUUUGCAUCCCUGCAGAGCAGCAAGUUGGAGGUCCGCCUGGCCAUAUCUGUCCUGGACAUCGGGGCAGGGAAUGUCUUCAAGGGUCCCCGGCUCAGCCUGGAGGAUGACGGCAGAGUGCUGAACAAUCGCUUGGUGGGCUUGAGUUUCGGCCGCAUGCGUGUCACCGGGCUGGCCGAGCCUUUGGAGAUCACCUUCUCCCACCAGAGUCAGCCUCCCAACAUGACCCUCACCUGUGUAUUCUGGGAUGUGACUAAAGGGUCAACAGGAGACUGGUCUUCCAAGGGCUGCUCCACAGAGGUUGGAGCCAAAGGGACUGUGUGCCGCUGUGACCACCUGACCUUCUUCGCCCUGCUGCUGAGGCCAGUCUUGGACAAAGUCACCGUGAACGCCCUCACACGCAUUUCCCAGGCUGGGUGUGGAACCUCCAUGAUCUUCCUGGCCUUCACCGUUGUCCUCUACAUUGUCCUGAGGUUCUCCCAGCAGAGGUUCAAGUCAGAAGAUGCCCCCAAGAUCCACGUGGCCUUGAGUGUUAGCUUGUUUCUCUUGAAUCUAGUCUUCCUCAUCAAUGUGGGGCAUGACCCACAGGUGUCUAAAGGCACCUGUUGGGUUAAGGGGGCCAUUUUCCACUACUUCCUGCUCUGUGUCUUCACCUGGAUGGCCCUGGAAGCCUUACACCUCUACCUGCUUGUCAUCAGGGUAUUUAACACCUACUUUGAGCGCUACUUCCUGAAGCUGAGCCUCGUGGGCUGGGGUCUGCCAACCCUAAUGGUCAUUGGCACCGGGAUUGCCAACAGCUAUGGCCUCUACACCAUUCGUGACGAGGAGAACAGGACCUCACUGGAGUUGUGCUGGUUCAGUGAGGAUACUUCCAUCAUUGCCCUCUACAUCACUGUCCAUGGCUACUUCCUCAUCAUCUUCCUCUUCAGCGCUGUGGUCCUGGGCCUGGUGGCCUGGAAGAUCUUCACUCUGUCAAGUGCCACAGCAGGCAAGCAGCAGCGGAAGCACUGGAAAGGGUUCCUCACCUUGCUGGGCCUCUCAAGUCUGGUGGGCAUGACAUGGGGGCUGGCCAUCCUCACGCCCCUGGGCCUGUCAACCAUCUAUGUCUUCACACUGUUCAACUCCCUGCAAGGUGUCUUCAUCUUCUGCUGGUUCAUCAUGCUCUACUUCCCAAGCCAGAGUGCCGUGUCCUCCUCUUCUGGUCCUGCACGAGUAGAGCAGACCCACACGACGUCACACGAAUAGGGGGCUGGCCCUGCGCCCUGGACUCAGCUCUGACUUGCUGUGUGACCUUGGACAGCUCCCUGCCUCCUUCUGGGCCACAGUUUCCAUGUCUGUACAGAUGGCUGGGGAGGGGACCAGAUUGGACCACAUGACCUCAAAGGUCCCACGGAGCUUCAGCUAUGGUCUGAGAGUCCACACAUCCAAGACUACAGAAGUCUAAAGUUCCUAUAAUACUGAGAUCCUUGCCAGCACAGAGCCACACUGUCACCCCUGCCGCCAUGCCUCACUCCCCGUCUUCAUAGCAAAGCACCUAUGUCUCCCAUCGCCCACUUUCUGGUCUCAGUAAGGGCACAGCUGGUUGGCACAGCCCCUCAAAGGAGCCCCCAGCCUCCCCCUUCUUCUCUCUUGUCACUGCCCUUCUACAGUUCCACCCUCUGGCUGCCUGUAGUGAGGGACAUUUGGAAGGUAUCAUCCUCUCAGGCACUGGGGCCGCUGUGAAUUGGAGGUUUGUUAGGGGGGUUGGUCCUCCCAGCCAGCUUGCUCCUGGUCUCAACUAGUCCCACCAGAGCCUAUUUUCACAGAAGAGUCCCCACCAUUCGGGGGCUGGCAGCCCUCCAGUUCUCCAGGGCACUAAAUUUCAGAGAAUGCCACAUACUCAGUGGUGUAAUACCUCAAGAAAGCCCCUCAGCACCCACUCUGCCGCGUGGUGGUCCAACCUCUGAUCUGCUGUCACCGUGGGGUGGAGGUCUAGGGCUAUGUACAGCCCAGGGCAGAGGGGCCAGGCCAGGGAAGGGGGCUGGGCUAAGCUGAGAGAGGGAGGACCUUUCCUCCAAAAUCUGAGCUCAACAGAGCAGGCACUUUGACAGCCUCACUCACCUGGUCAGCCCAGCCCUGGUGCAUUUCAGGCCCUGAAAAUAUUUGCUGGCUGAAUAGGAGGAUGUGAGUUUGGCACCAGCCUGACAGGGCCCUGAGCUCGGGGAAUAUCUCUGGCCAGACCCAGCUUGGGUCUGUCACUUCCUGUGGCUGGACCUCUAUGUAGCAAACGUGUACUGUUUCCUCAGUAGGAAACAAAAAGAGGCAGAGAUAACAGAGAUAGAGGAGGGGGUUGAGAGAUGGAGCGAGAGAGAGAAAACAGACAAGCUGACACAAAGAGAGAAGGCAGAGAGAGGGAGAGAUGCAGAAAGACAGCAGCAGCACCCCUGCCCAGCCUGCCCCGACCAGGAGGGCAGACACUGGUAUCCGUCCCCCUCCCCAAACCCCACCCCACAUGUUCAUGUCCCCACUGUAGCCUUUACUUACCAACCAUCGAGGGCAUCUCACCCCCUACCCAAUCCCCACCCUCUCCAGGGGCUUUGGGCACGGUCAAGCACCCUCUACAGGUGAGAAGUUAUUAUUAGACCCUCCCCACAGCCCCUGGGCUGCCAGCCUCCUCCCAGAUGCCAAGCUCUGGCAGGAACUGGACCAGCAAACAGAUGAAAGACAGGAAGGCGGGCGCCCUUGUUUUACGCAAGUCGCUGUGUUCCUGGAAGGGAAAUCCUAGGGUGUGGACAUUACACCAGUUAAGCCACACUUUUAUACACACAUCAGUUUUUGUGCGCACAUUUGGUGGGUUUGGGGGCUUAUCUUCACAGACGUCUCUUUCUCACCUGAAGAGCUCAGCUCCCCUUAUCCCAAAGCCUCAGCGUUACCAACCUGUUCACAGAUACAGAUACAGACGAUAGUGUCUGACAGGCCCGGGUUCAAAUCCUGGCUCUGCUACUUUGGGGCUGUGUGACCCUGGCCAUGCCACCUCACCUCUCUGUGUCUCAGUUUCCCCCUCUGUAAAGUUGAGAUCAAGUCCUUUCCUUGUCCUGAGAGCAUUAAUUGAGGUGACAAAAGUAAAGCGCCCAACACGGACUCAGCAGGAGUCAGUGGUCUUGGCUCCCUGAGACCCCCCUUGGCUUAAAGAAAAACCAUGUGGAGCCUUUGUGGAAAGCAUGACCCUAUGCAACUUGUAUGUAAACUAGGAGGGGUGUGAAAGUUAAAGCUCCCUUCCAGAUUCCUCUACAGCUCUGCCAAGUGGACCAGCCCUGUGUGGGGACGAGGCACGGAGGCCCCGAGAGACCCUGCAAUUACACAAGGACACUCUGCGAGCUGGGUUGAUGUUGGGCUGGGGCCUCCCUGGGUUGCUGGCACCUUCUCUCAGGGCAUACCCUGGGUUCAAGAAUUAUCACCUCGUUCUGAUCCCCCAAGCCCUAGUCUGUGGCUUUCCCAGACAUGCUCUGUGGGAUGUGGGACCAACAAAACCACGAGCCCCAAAUGGACUGGGUUUCUUGGUACAUAUGGAGAGGGUAGGUGAGGGGUACAGUUAACAAUGGAGGUAUGCUAUUUUUCUGCUGGCUCUUCACCCCAGGGCCAGGCAAGGGCAGAGGGGCUGGGGUUCCUCAUUGCCUGGGGUCACUGCAAAAGCAGCUCCAAGUGCCAGGCUGAACACAUGCUAAGGCCAGGCAGGGUCAUGGUAAAAAUACACCCCAAGGCCCAGCGCGAAUGUACAGGGUUGCCCUGUCACUGAACCGUCCCAAUAGCAACCGAAGAAGUGGACAGCUUUAUGGUCAAGAGUACAAACUCUGGGGUCAGUGCCUGGUCCAAAUCCUGCCUCUGCUACUUGCCUUGGACCAAUUCUUCACCUGCUGAACCUGUAAAGCAGGAAUAGCAGUAGCUGCCCCACAGGGCUGAUGAAGGAUUAAAUGAGAUAGUGGCUGAUAGCACCUGGCCCACCUGACUCAGCAGGAAUGUGGCUGAACCAGAGAUUGGCCAUCACCUUAUCAGGCGUUGGGCUACAGUAGUCAUCUGUGUGCUACGGGAAGGGUCCCCCCCUCACCACUACUGUGGCUCCCUGGUUCUCUCUGUUCUGCCCCAAUUUCUUCAUUCCUAGUAUUUUUUUUCAACACAAUAUAACAAAUACACAGGAAAAUAAGAAGACUUACUUGCUCUGUACUCCCAGACAGAUAACUUAGUAUCAAAAGAUAAAAAUCCUUUACAAAUUAAUCUAUGAAUACAAU